UUCUUUUCCAAAUGGUUCAAGAGGAACUUGCGCUCUCCGCUUAACCAGUCCGAAAAGGGGCUGGAUCCGCACGAUUCCGAAUCCAGCAAAUUGGAACCAGACAAUUUAACGCGGAAUACCGCGGCGAAAGAUGGGCCCUCCUGUUCCAGCGACCUGUGUCGUCCUCCUUGCUCUGAAUGCCGCUGUUUUUCCGGCCUCCAUUACGCCUGAGGAUUAUCCCGCGGAUGAGGCCGACCGGACGGGCAACAAUGACAUUAUUUUCGACGACUACAGAGGAAAGGGUUGCGUCGACGACAGUGGCUUCGUGUACAAACUCGGAGAGCGUUUCUUCCCCGGGCACUCGAACUGCCCCUGCGAGUGUACGGAGGACGGCCCAGUGUGCGACCAACCGGAGUGUCCCAAAAUACACCCCAAGUGCACCAAAGUGGAGCAUAACGGCUGCUGUCCCGAGUGCAAGGAGGUCAAAAACUUUUGUGAAUAUCGGGGAAAGACUUAUAAAAUCUUGGAAGAGUUCAAGCCCUCCCCCUGCGAAUGGUGUCGUUGUGAGCCCAACAACGAGGUGCACUGCGUAGUGGCCGACUGCGCAGUCCCGGAGUGCGUUAACCCCGUCUACGAGCCGGAACAGUGCUGCCCCAUCUGUAAGAACGGGCCGAACUGCUUUGCGGCAGGCACCACCAUCAUCCCGGCGGGCAUCGAGGUGAAGGUGGACGACUGCACCAUCUGCCGCUGCCACACGGGGGACUGGUGGAAGCCGGCGCAGUGCCUGCGUCGGGAGUGCCUGAACGGCAGACCACCUCGUAGGGCCGGGGGAGCCCCGCGUGGGGGCGGACCGACCCCCGCGUACGAGGGAGAGCCCGGGGAACGCCCGCCGGCUGCGACCGAACGACUGGAGCACAAAACCUUCGCCGAGCCUCCGCCAAACCCCCGAAACCCCCAAACCCCCGCUCACAUACCGACCCCUCGGCCCCGACUUCACCGGCGGGGGGAACCGACCCUGCACCCUCAACGUCCCCCGGCACCAGCGGCUGGCCCUCUGUCCCACCGUUACUCUUUAAAGGAAACAUUUUACGCAACUUGCUUCUGCCGCUUACUCUGGACGGGUUGUUGUGUCGCGUGGAGGGGCUUCCUACCCCGAUACUCGCCGCUGUUUGGGGUCACGCUGCGUGACGAGCUGGAGCCGUGCCGGGAGGGAACUUAA